CAAUGCGCGCGCCCCCCUAGAUGCCAAACUGCUGGCCGCUCCGGCGACCUGCUUUCUGUGCUGCUGCACUGAAACUGAAAUUCUGGAGGAGGCUUCCAGACUCUGCUGUGGUGCGGUUGUAGGACGUGAAGCUUACGGCCUCUGUGUGCCUCACAUGUGGACUGGAGACUCAGGCCUCACUCACUUCGGUCCCUCAACACCAGAACCAUCAACAAAUGUUUGUUGGAUAGAGACAAAUAAAGAGGUUGGAAAGGAGAGAAGCCUUUUUGACUUGUUUCAGUUGUUCCCGCCUACUCCAUCUUCUUCCAGUUCCAACAGUCAUGGAGAAGCGCCUUCAGGAAGCCCAGCUAUACAAGGAGGAAGGAAACCAGCGCUACCGGGAAGGGAAGUACCGAGAUGCUGUGAAGAGGUACCAUCGUGCCCUUCUUCAGCUGCGGGGUCUGGACCCAAGUCUGCCUUCCCCUAUACCCAACCUGGGACCUCAGGGCCCAGCUCUCACACCGGAGCAAGAAAAUAUACUGCACACCGUCCAGACCGACUGCUACAACAACCUAGCUGCCUGUCUCCUCCAGAUGGAGCCAGUGAACUAUGAACGAGUGAGGGAAUACAGUCAGAAAGUCCUAGAACGACAACCUGACAACGCCAAGGCCCUGUAUCGGGCUGGGGUGGCCUUCUUCCACCUGCAAGACUAUGACCAGGCUCGACACUACCUGCUGGCUGCUGUCAACAGGCAACCGAAAGAUGCUAAUGUUCGGAGGUACCUCCAGCUGACGCAGUCAGAACUCAGCAGCUACCACAGGAAAGAGAAACAGCUGUACCUGGGCAUGUUUGGUUAAAGAAGAAGAGAGAUGCUUCUCGAUUUGAACUCAAGUGGACAAGUAAAGACCCAUCAAGGGAAAUCUGAGCCUCAGCAAGAGAAACUCAGCCUUACUCUGACCAGGUGGAUUUCCGUUUUGUUUCCUGCUCUGCACCAUUUAUGGUCUGUCCCCAGUGUAUCUGUUUGGCUUACAGUUCAUAUGAUUUGCCUUGAGAAACAGACUACAGAACAUUCAUCGACUGUGGGUGGAGUCAACUGUAUCUGUGGCAUAGGUCUAAUGGGCUGUUGUUAGAUUUUUAUCAGAUACAGAGGAGAGGGUCAGUGAAGCUGAGACAGUAAGGACAGGCAGAAAGGACCCUUCUGCUGCUUCUUCAGAUGCCUUUGUUGCUCCUAGUGGGAUGGAGAUAUAUAUUUUCCCCGCCCCCGAAACAAGAUAAUUAUAAAUUGAGCCCAGUGGGCUGGAGAGGUGGCUCAGUGGUUAAGAGGGCUGACUGCUCUUCUAGAGGUCCUGAGUAAGUUCAAAUCCCAGCACCCACAUGGCGGCUCACAACCAUUUGUAACGAGAUCUGAUGCCCUCUUCUGAUGUGUGUCUGAAGACAGCAACAGUGUACUUAUAUAUAAUAAAUAAUUCUUUAAUAAAUAAAUAAAUAAAGCCCAAGUAUAUUUACAUUAAAGAUUUGAAAUUAAUCAUUUUAGGGCUAAGACUGUAGCACAGAGGUAGACUGCUUCCCUAGCAUGUAUAAGACCCUGGGUUUGAUUUCCCAGGCCUGUAAAACUAACUAUAUAACAAGAAAUGAGUCAAACUUUGCUAUUUCAAUUUCUUAUACUCUUAAUAUUCAGAUUAUUUUCCCCCACACAAGUAUCUUCUUUCUAGGCAGUCAUGAUGUCCAUGCCUAUAGUCCCAGCACUUAGGAGUCUAAACCAUGACAGUCAUAAAAUGAAGACCAGCCAGAUUUUAUCUCAAAAUUAAAGGGCUGGAGAUAACAGUUCUGUGGCAAAACCCUGGGUUUCAUCCCCUUUCUGGUUUUUGGUUUGCUUUGUUCUCUCCUGGUAAUUUCUAUUCCUUGCUAUUACUUGUACUCAGAUCAUUGACAUAAUACAACGUAUUUGUCAGUAAUCUAUUCUUUUUUUGAAACUGCUGGAAUGAAUGCCUGGGGUACAUGAAAUUCUGUUUUUAGCUUCUGGAAUCAAGCCCUUAAAUAGUUAAGAAUAUUUACUAACUCUGUCCUUGUGCUGCUAAGCUUUCUGUGGGGGUGUGUGUGCAUGAUGCCGGAGUUUAAACCCACCUUGCACAUGCUGACCAAGCACCCUUUUUUCAAGCUACACAGCUAGUCCCACAGUAUUUGUUUUUGUAUUUCAGAAAGAGUUUCUCUGUGUAGCUUUGGCUGAUCAUGUCUUAAUAUUUAAUAGAGACAUUUCUAAAGUGUGUCCACUUUUCUGAAAUGCAUUACUUCAUCUUCUUUAAAGUGUACCAUAAUAAAGCAUGACAGAACCUGUUUCCUCUUCAGCUGUCACUCUGUCUGUGAGGAGCUCAGGACCUCACAGAGGAAAGUAAGUACAAGGAAAGAAGUUUAUUGUUUAGUGUCUUGGAAGCACCUGAUAGAACCCUGAAGAAGCUAUGUUACUCACGGGUGCAAAUCUAGGGUUGUCCUGCCUCUGUGGCAUUCAUCUACUGGUGGCUGGUUUGUCAUUCUGUUUACUCUGGAUCCUGUUUAUGUCAUUAUCAAUUAGUAGCUAAGACCAUGUAAUAGGCCUCCACCUUUGUAAGUAGAGCUAAUAAGCAUGUGUCUCUAGCCAUCAUAUAAUCAUAAACUAAAUGUUUCUUGGGGUAGGAUCAACUACUUUAUUAAUAACACCUAAAACUCUACUAAUAUUCUACACUUCUUUGUUCCUCCCCAUAAUUUAUUUUUUUAAGAUUUAUUUAUUUAUGUAUAUGAGUACACUGUCACUGUCUUCAGACACACCAGAAGUAGGCAUCGGAUCCCAUUACAGAUGGUUGUGAGCCACCAUGUGGUUGCUGGGAAUUGAACUCGGGACCUCUGGAAGAGCAGGCAGUGCUCUUAACUGCUGAGCUAUCUCUCCAGCUCCCUCCCCAUAAUUUAAAUAAUCCAACAAGACACAACAAAAAGAUUUCUACCAAAUCUGAAAAAAAUCCAAAGACAGAACUAAGUAGAAUAUUUUAUCUUCCAAACUUCUUAAACUGCUAAGGUUAGCAUAUGUCUGUAAUCUCAGCUCUCAGAAGGCUGAGGCAGGAGGAUUGCUAUAAGGCCAGUCUGGGCUAUAUACUGAAUUCCAAACUAGCCAGGACUACCCAGCAAGAUCAUGUCUUAAAAACUCAGAUGGAUUAAAAUCCCUAUACUGGUUUGACAACAUUUUGUCAUAGUGAAUCCUGUCACAUUAAGUUAGAAACCCUCUUGAAGUUUCUGCUCAGUAAUUUUCCUUGUAUAAAUCUCAACACUACCCCUCAAUUAUAAAUAUCUACUUGUCUAGUUGGGAGUCAGGUCCAAUCUCUGUGUCCCACUGUAAAACCUGGUUGUUAUAGUUCCUAUGCCAUGACUCUGCCCCUGAAUAGUCUGUUUCCCAUGCUUUUAAAAACUAAAAUCAUUGUCAUCUUGCAUGUUUCACUUCUUCAGAGAUGGUUUUGCUUCCUGAUUGUUGUGUAAAAAUUUGAUGUUAAAGGAAGCUGUCUACUGCAUCAAUGUGGAAGAAAUAAAACUGAUAUUCACAAAUGCA